UACUAGUAGCUAGCUAGCAAACGAACGAAGGGAGAGCCCAGAAAAGCGCGCCAUAUACUAGGUAUUGGAAAGGGGCAAGGAGCCACAGGCGGCAUUCAGCGUUCAUUAUGGCGGCGGUCGCAGCAUUCGCAGAAACCAUUACCGCUCCAAGCAUUUCGAUCAGGGCGGCUCGUGCAUCAGAGGCGAAGCACGCUUUCUGCUCUGCAGUCCUGCUAAAGCGACAGGAGCGUUGCCAGUUUACGGGGGCCAGCAGAAGGGCUGCGGGGCGGGCCUACACGAGCCCUCUGAAAAGGAGUAUAGAAAGGGUAGCUCCUGCGGGCUUCUCAUGGAGUCACAACUGGAACCGGGGUUCUUAUGGCAAAGAAAAGUUCAGGGCACAGACGGUGGCUACAGACUCCAUUGUGUCUGGCAACGGAGCAGCAGGCGCGGAAGAGGAUCUGCUGGCGUCAGCUCUGAUUGAUGCCAAUGGAAGCAGUGUGAUUGAGGAUUGUGGGAAGGGGCUGCCGGAGAAGCGCCAGGCCACAAACGCUGUGCACGGGGGGGAGCGCCGCGAACCUUUUGUGACGGAUGCCCUCACGACCCCCAUUGUACAGACCGCCACUUACACGUUCAAAGAUACCGCCCAGUUGAUUGCUUUCCAGGAUGGGACUCACAGCAGCUACGAGUACGGGCGCUAUGGGAACCCCACCACUCGUGUUGUUGAGCAGAAGAUCAGUGCGCUUGAGGGUGCCGAGGACACCCUGGUGUCGUCCUCCGGCAUGAACAGCGCCACGACCAUGCUGCUGGCGCUGGUGCCGGACGGUGGCCACAUCGUGACAACCACCGACUGCUACCGCCGCACGCGGCAGUUCAUCCAGACCGUGCUGCCGCGCAUGGGAAUCAGCACGACCGUCAUCGACCCGUCCGACAUGGCCUCCCUCGAGCGCACGCUGGACGAGCAUGACGUCACGCUCUUCUUCUCCGAGUCGCCGACGAACCCGUACCUGCGCUGCAUCGACAUCGAGCUCGUGUCGCAGAUGUGCCACGAGCGGGGCACGCUCGUGUGCAUCGACGGGACGUUUGCGACGCCCAUCAACCAGCAGGCGAUCCCGCUCGGCGCAGACCUCGUGCUCCAUUCGGCGACCAAGUAUCUCGCCGGGCACCAGGACGUCUUGGCGGGCUCGCUCAGCGGAAGGAAGCCCGAGGUGGCUAAGGUCCGGCAGCUGCACAACGUCCUUGGGGGGGUCGUUGACUCUCACGCGGCGUACCUCAUAUUGCGCGGCAUGAAGACGCUGGACCUCCGCGUGCACAAGCAGAACCAGACUGCGCUGCGUCUCGCCGAGGCGCUCGAGAGCCACCCCAAGAUCUCGCGUGUGCACUACCCGGGUCUGACGUCACACCCGGAGCACGACAUCGCGAGGCGUCAAAUGAAGGGCUACGGAGGAGUGGUUAGCUUUGAGAUCAACGGCGACCUGUGGCGGACCGCCAAGUUUAUUGACAGUCUGCGGCUGCCGUACAUUGCCCCGUCCCUGGGGGGGGUGGAGAGCCUCGUGGAGCAGCCCACCAUAAUCUCUUAUUGGGAUUACGGCCCGGAAGAGAGGGCCCGCCUCGGCAUCAAGGACAACCUCGUCCGCUUCAGCUGCGGCAUCGAGGACUAUGACGACAUCGCCGAGGACAUGUUCCGGGGCCUGGAUUCGAUCUAGCGGGACGAGCUCACGCGUGUCGACUUGCUCCACUUGUCAAGCAAGCAACCGCGCCCCUCCGUAUGUCAAGCAACGAGUGGACACAAGUCCGCCGUGCUUUUGCGCUCGUGGGUUUCCGUUUAGACAUUGUUUGACUUGUAGCCUAGUAUGCAGCCCAGAGACUUGGGCUUUAACUGGUCCCGAAUUAGUGCAAGAAGUCAGCUUGGUGUUGUUUGCAGCACUUUGUCCCUUGUAUUGGGUUUGACCCAGCCAGGGCGUGUGGGUCACGGCCCUUCCAAAACCUUACAAAGCAGUACGCUUUUCACCGCAGGUUCAUUGGCUUUGGUAACUCCUGUGCCAAAUGGAGCGAGUCAUGAAAGCCUUUAUGCUUGCUUUUAUUUUGUAUUGUGGGUCUUACAUAGUUAUGUACACCGCGCGCAUUUUGAAUUUAAGUCAAUCAAACGAAUUGAGGUGUUCAAUCGAAAUGCAACAGGCUUAGGGGAUAGGCAUUGAACCUAGUCUAUGUGUAUAGUUUCG